AUUUGUCUUAAGAAUUGAUUAUAUAGAAAGAAAUGAAUGAUGUCAGAAACAGUUCCCUUCAAUUGGCUUCCUUGGAGCAGCAAAAGGCUGAUAAGAAUUUCUUGACAUUGAUUGAAGAGCAGAAGAGGGAAAAAGAAGAAUACCUGAAGAAGAUACUACAGUUAGAAAAACAACUGGAUGCUAAACAAAAGCUAGAAAUGGAAAUUACAGAGUUGAAAGGUAAGUUGCAGGUGAUGAGACAUCUGGGAAAAGAUGAUGCAGCUGUGCAGGACAAGAUGAAAGAGAUGAACGAUGAGUUGGAACAGAAAAUUGAGGAUUUGCAAGAGAUGGAAUAUAUGAAUCAAGCUCUUCUCAAAAAAGAACGUCAGAGCAAUGAUGAGCUACAAGAAGCACGAAAAGAGUUAAUUGCAGGUUUCAAAGAUUUGUUGGGUGCUCGAACAAACAUUGGACUAAAGAGAAUGGGGGAAAUUGAUGAAAAGCCAUUUCAGAAUACUUGUAAGCAGAGAUUCACACUUGAUGAAGCAAUGUAUCAGGCCAGUACACUGUGCACCUUGUGGCAGGAGAAACUUAAAAAUGCUGAGUGGCAUCCCUUUAAAAUAAUAACCGGUGGAGGGACUCCUCAGGAAAUUUUAGAUGAAGAAGAUGAACAGAUACGAAAUCUAAAGCAGGAAUGGGGGGAUGAAAUUUACUCUGCAGUGGUAAAUGCUCUGAAGGAAUUGAAUGAGUACAACCCCAGUGGAAGGUACAUUGUUUCUGAGCUCUGGAAUUUUAAGGAAGAAAGAAAAGCCACACUGAAGGAGGUCGUUGCUUAUAUUGUGAAGAAUAUCAAGUCACUCAAGCGCAAGAGGAAUUGAUGUUAAGGAUCCUUGAAAGUUUUAGGAGUCUAGAGCUGCGUGCGUGCAGUCUAAGCUGGAAGGUAGAACCUACCGAAGGAGAAGAAUAUUCUCAUGUUAAUCUGUAAAUCAGACAUGCAGUUGUCUGAGGUUGUCAACUUCAGCUUCAAUGUGAAACUGUCCUAAGAUACUGAAAUACUGUUCUGCUAAUCUGUACUAUUACCACCAUAAUCACUAGCACUUUCUAUCCCCUUUUUUCCUUGAUAAAAAAUGAGGGCGUUAUUC